GUACCUGAUUCUCAUCUAGCAUUUUGUAUUUUUGUUACUACUUAUAAAUUGCAAAUACUGUUUUGUUUUUCUGAAGGAGGUGCAUCUUUGGUUUCAGUGAUACUUAGUGGGAAGCUCAGAAGAUAUGAGGAAGAAUAGAUUGAUUUCAGCUAUUCAGAGAGCUCAAUCAAAAUAUUCCAGCUAUGUCAAUCCAGUGAUUUGGGCUGCCAAUCCUUUACAGCUGAAUGAUUGUCCUUUCAGCAGGUACAGCGAAAUCCCUAGCAUUUCCGUUCAGAUGAGAUGGCAUAUCGGCCACGGUCACUGUAACUUAUCAAGCCAGCCCAAUUAUGGAAUUAACAAAGACCGUUUGGUAGAAAUCCUCUUAAGCCAUAGGGACGACCCUGAAUCCGCAUUUGAGCAAUUCAAAGUUGCUAUGGAGCAUUUGGAUAUUCAGAGGUGGGUCGGGGAGCCUUUCUGUGUUUUGCUUUACAUUUUGGCAAGUUCCUCGAAGCACCAGAAUAUGGCUAGAAGUUUGAUUUCAAAACAGGUGCUUGGAGAUUCUAAUCUGCCUUAUUAUGCUCUAUUCGAUAAUCUUGCUGAUUGUGCUAAAAGAUUCAAUUUUGAGUUAAGCCCAUUGGUUUUUAAUGGUGUGCUAUAUAGCUUUGUUAAAGCUGGUCGUGUCAGAGAUGCUGUUGAUUGCUUUAAAGCUGUGUUGGGUCAUGAUAUACUGAUUCAGCCCUUCCUUGUAGGUAAAGUCUUAAAGACAUUAGUCAAGAAUAAAAUGAUCCAGGAAGCUAAAGAUCUGUUUAAUGAUGCAGCCUCUAGAGGGAUUGCAUAUGGUAAUUUUACUGUGCGUUUAAUGAUGUGUGUUUGUUUAAAAGAAGGGGAUAUGGAGCUGGCUGAGAGGUACUUUUUAGAGGCUAAGGCUAGUGGUGUGCCACUGAACGCCGCAACCUUCAGUGUUGCUGUACACACUGCUUGUAAAUUGGGAAAGGUGAAUGCUGCAAUUGCAUUGCUGGAUGAGAUGAAGGAGAAGGGUUGGGUGCCUUCUGAGGGAACAUAUGUGAAUGUAAUUUCUGCUUGUGUGAAGCAAAGAAAUAUGUUUGAUGAUGCAUUGCGGCUUAAAGAUGAGAUGGUUAGUUAUGGUCUAUCACAAGGAUUGGUGGUUAUGACGAGCCUAAUGAAGGGAUAUUGUGUGCGGGGUGAUGUAAGCAGUGCCUUGGGUUUGCUUGAUGAUCUUGUUAAAGAUGGAUUACAUCCAACCAAAGUCACCUAUGCAGUUUUGAUUGAGGGCUGCUGUAACAAGGAAGGUUAUAUUGAUAAGGCACUAGAGUUAUACACUCAAAUGAAACUUGAAGGUAUCGAGCCAUCUGUGUACAUUGAGAAUUCUUUAAUAAGAGGAUUCCUUAAAGAUAACUUAUUGGGCAAAGCAACUAAGCAGUUUGAGCUAGCGGUUGCAACUGAUGUUGCCAAUGUAUUCACAUACAAUGUCAUGUUGUCUUGGUAUUGCAAAAAAGGUAAGACAAAAGAAGCAGAAAAUAUAUGGGACACAAUGGUGAAUAAGCGAAUUGUCCCCACUAUUGUCUCAUAUAACAACAUGAUCCUUCUUAACUGCAGAACUGGAAAUAUGGACAAAGCAUUAAGUUUACAUUCUGAGUUGCUACAUCAGAAUAUAAAAUCUAAUGUAUUCACAUAUACCAUUUUGAUUAAUGGGCAUUUCUAUAAAGGUGAUGCUGAUCUGGCACUAGAAACAUUUGACACAAUGCUUACGUUAGGGAUUGUUCCAACUGAUUUCACAUUCAACUCCAUCAUCAAUGGUCUAUCUAAAGUUGGGAGAGCAUCUGAGGCAAAGACCAAGCUUCAGAUGUUCAUAGAGAAGGGUCUAUAUCCAAGCUGUAUGACUUACAACUUCAUUAUUAAUGGUUUUCUUAAAGAAGGUUCUGUCAGUUCAGCUAUAUCUGCUUAUACAGAGAUGUGCGACCAUGGGAUUUCCCCAAAUGUUGUCACUUAUACAUGUUUAAUAAAUGGGUUGUGCCAAAACAAUAACAUCGAUCUUGCUGCUAAACUGCUGAAGGAAAUGAAGGCCAAAGGUGUUCAAUUGGAUACUGUUACAUAUGGUGUCCUUAUUGAUGUAUUUUGUAAAAGAAGAGACAUGAAAAAUGCAACGGAACUCUUUGAAGAACUUCUUGGAGUUGGUCUAUCACCCAACAUCAUUUUGUAUAACAGCAUGUUUAGUGGGUUCAGAAAUGUUAACAAUAUGAGAGCUGCACUAAUGUUGCAUAAACAAAUGAUAAAGGAGAGAAUCCCAUGUGAUUUGGAGACAUACACUACCUUGAUAGAUGGGCUGCUCAAGGAUGGGCAAAUACUUCUUGGCUCCAACCUUUACACAGAGAUGCUCUCAAAGGGCAUAACGCCUGAUGACAUUACAUACACUGUACUGGUACAAGGUCUUUGCAAUAAAAAGCAGGUGAAGAAUGCACAAAAGAUAUUGGAGGAAAUGUAUCAGAACAAGGUGACUCCUAAUGUUCUUAUUUACAACACUCUAAUUGCUGGAUACUUCAAGGAGGGAAAUAUUCAAGAAGCUUUUAGGUUGCAUGAUGAGAUGCUUGAUCGAGGUCUUGUACCUGAUGAUACAACUUACGAUAUUCUCGUCAGAGGAACAAGAGACGGCAGUUCUGUGAUUGACACUUUAUCUAUCAACAACUCUGAAGGGUUAUGAGCUUUGUGAUCAAUAAUGGCAAUUAGCAGGAGGUUGGAGAUUCUUCAUCAUAUUCAGAGAAAACUGGAAGGCUAAAAUGCAUUCCUUACUGAAGAAAGAGGAUUAUCGAUAAUUUGAGUGGUGAGGCAUUCUGAAAUUCAUGUCAUGGUUUGAAUAAUUAUCUUUCUAUAAAGGCACAACUUCAUAUAAAUUGUUUGCUUGCCUACUAGAUUUUUGAAUGCUCUUGACUUUAUAAUCGUCCAAAGAUGGAUUUAUUCCAGCUCUCCAGUAUACUGGUUCUCAUAUUCCUGAUUCGAGCGUGAUACAUCUCAGGCAAGGUCUCUUUUUUCUCUAUAGAUGGACCAAGAAAUUAGCAAGGCGUUCUUCUAAGAAACUUAUUUGUUUGUAAAAAACCAUUGAUAUUCUGGGUGAGAUUCUGUUGAAGCAAAGAUAAGCUGACAUUAUCUAAGUUGCAUGUUCUUCUAGCACUUUUAUAACUUUUGACCAAUGGUUAUUACUAGCCUAUCUUCUGGUUGCAGUUAAUGGCUUUUCGAGUUCAUAAGGAAUUUUCGGGGGUAAAAUUAUAAAAGUUCAUUAAGAUUUUUCUUUUGGGCGAUCAUAGAAAUUCAUUACAGCUUUUAUUAAUCACCUUUCAUCUGGUUGAAACAGGAAGAGUCUUUUGGACAUUUUGAAACUGGAGAGAAGAGGUUUUUGUUGCACUAUAUAUGUUUUCACUUGCAUGCUUGUACCUGUUCAGUCGAGGGGUGUUGAUUCUUUCUAGGAGUAAUUGCAGAAGCAGCAUAUAUUUAGUUCAACCUUGUGACAAGACUGGAACGAGUCCCAUCAGCAAAUCCUUACUUAUUUAUCAUUCAAGGUCCCGGUUGCAUUUUCCAUUACCAAGGAAAAAGAGUCAAAUAAAGUUCUACAAUUGUAAAUUCAUCAUCUAAACCCAUAUAUUAAAAAAAGCAUCGCAUAAACUUUCUGUUUAUCGGAAGUUGACUAUUUUUAGCCAGUCACUUUCUGUUUGUGAUAUUUUACACUUUUGUAUUUUAUUUUUCUCUCCUUUUUGUUUCUAUAUCUUCCUCGCAUGUUCAUCCUGCUCCGCCCCUCUCUUAUUCAUCUUCAUCAUUGUUAUUCUUUCCUUACUCUUCUAUGAGUUCUAUCACUUUUUUCUUUACUUUUUUCUCCCUUUUGUUAAUUUUACGUGAAGCAACUUAA